AUGAAUAACGAUCCUUUAAGUUACCAAUUUCAAAAUUUACAAUUCAAUAAGAAUAAUAGCAAUAAUAAUAACACCACCGGUGCUCCAAUACAUCCAUUGUUGGGUGACAGAGCUCCCUUGACUCGAACUUCUUCAUUAGUGGAUUCUAUUGGUAUUCAAAGGAGUUCUUCUCCGUUUGCAAAUGGUUCAACUUCUGAACUACAUCAUCACGAUAUCUUAAAUCAACAACGACCACCAUUGACUACGACUCGUUCUCAAAGUGCAUUGUUCAAUUCAUGGCAAGCUCCUUCUACGACUUCUCUUGGACAACAACAAAAUAAUGAUCCAUCGACUCCAACAACAUUACAUCCAUCAUUGCCAACAAAUAAUGGUACUACUGCCACCACUACCACUACUAACCAAACCUCUGUAUUUAAUCAUCAGAUUCCUUUACAUUCUUCAACAGGACAAUCACUUUUACAAAUGCAUCCCCCAGGUGCAAAUCCAACAAUGAACCCUCCACCACCUGGUAUGAAUUCAUUUUUACCAUUCCCACCACCACCACAACCAAUUAUUUCACAUUGGAAAUAUAAAGAUAUGCAAGGGAAUACUCAAGGUCCCUUCGAUUCCACAACGAUGGCUAGUUGGUAUGAAUCUAAUUAUUUUCAACCAGAUUUAUCUUUAUGUCGUAUAGGUCCAACUUAUGAACCAUUAGGAAUUAAUGAUAGAUUUAUUACAUUGACAGAUUUAGCACGUUUAGUACAAAAUGUUAAGGAUCCAUUUGGUGCAUUUGAUCAAAUGAUUACAUUGUUUCAAUCAUCUCAACAACAUCAAGGUCUUCCACCACAGAUGCAUCUACCAAAUAAUUCAUUCAAUCCUUCUGUUGCAUCUGAAACAAUCACUAAUGCUGCAAAUACAUUACCUGGGGUCUCGAAUUUCUUCCCAAGUGAAACAACAAAUGGAAAUGGGAAAGAACAAAAAGAUCAAGAUAUAAGUGGUUUAUCUUUGAAACAAAAAAUUAAUAGAGAUAGAGGACAUUUAGUUGCACAGGCAGAUAUUCAAGCUAGUGGCGAUUAUACUCAAGAUGAAAUAUUUAAAAUGAAGUGUGAUGAUGGAAGUUAUUAUCAUGAAGUCACUGUUCCAGUGGCAAUGAAUAGAAGACAUAUUAGAAAAAUGGAUACAUCAACUAUUAUUAAAGAAAAUGAUCUAGGUGAUUAUUGGGCUAUUAAAGAAACUCCUGAAUAUAUUGAAAAGAAGAAAUUAUUUGCCAAAGAAGAAGAAAUUAAGAAUCUUGAACAACAAGAAAGAAUUGAAAAGGAAAGAAAAGAAAAUGAAAGACAGGCAGCAAUUAAAAACGAACAAAUGAAAAAAGAAGCUGAAUUGAAAGCAAAAGAAGAUGCUCGAAUGAAUGAAGAAAAGAGACUCAAAGAGAAAGCCGAAAAAGCAGCUAAAUUAUUAUUAGAAGAACAAGAAAAAGCAGAGCGUGAAUCACGUAAGAGAGAAGAACUUAAACUUCAAAAGAAACAGAAGAAGUUAAAAGAACAACAAGAGAAAACUGUACAUAAAGAAAAGAAAAAAAUGAACCAAAAACAAAAAUUAGAAGCAUUAAAGGCUGAAAAGACAAACCAAUUAUUAUCAAUGACAACAAAUACAGAGACCGAAGUACAAGACGGAGUAUCAGCAAGAAAGGAGUUGAUCACUGAGCAAGAGAGUUCCACAACUACUCCAGCAGUGUCUGCUCCAUGGGCAAACAAGACAAAUAACAUAUCUUCUAUUCCAAAGAUUAACCUUAAAGAACAAGCCAUUCGUGCUCAAAGAGAAUUAGAUGAGAAAGAAUCAAAGGACAGACAAAGGGCUAUGAAGCUUAACAAUCAAAUACUUUUAGAAGAAAAAUCAGAAAAGAGCAGAAAAGCAAUGUUAAAUUGGGCCUCUACGCCUACAAGCUCCCAACAACCACCUGUUUCCAUUGAUAUUAAGUCUCAAUUGAUGAAUAAUACUCCAAAACAGAACAAUCAAGCAAAAUCCACAAUAACCAAUGAACCUCUUGAAGAUCCAAGCUUUAUUGAAGAACAAAAAAAGAUCUGGGAACAAGUUCAACGUAACAAGGGUAAGAGCAAAACCACAACAUCCGAUAGCGGUGCAUGGAGUACUGUUUCUAAGAAAUCCAGUAGUAUAGACAAAAAGAAUGCUACUUUGAAACCAAUGGGUCAAUCCAUUAGUGUUCCGACUUUAAAGAAACCAACUGUAGCUGCUACGACUAAUAAUUAUCCAGGUAAUGCUUCCAUAUCUGCUCGUCAAGAGUUCUUGAGAUGGUGUAAAUCACAAUUAAAAUUGAAUCCUGGGAUUUCUAUGAACAGUGUUCUUGAGGUUUUAUUAAGUUUACCAUCAGGACCAAUUGCUAAUGAAAUUAUUGCAGAUACUAUUUAUUCCAAUAGUUCCGUAAUGGAUGGAAGAAGAUUUGCCACAGAAUUUACUAAGAAACGUGUUCAAUGUGAAAGACAAGUAAAGGAUCCAUUGAGUUGGAGUGAAGCAUUAGCUUUACCAGAAGGUAAUGAAGAUGACUGGGAAUUCCAAGUUGUUAGUAAGAAGAAAGGUAGAAAACAUUAA